AUGGUUCUUCAUCGCUGGUCUGAUGGAAUCAAUUCUUCCAAAAGUAGUAACAAUACAGAUAGCGACACACCGGGCUCUCUCACCGCUGCAGUGGUUUAUAUGGCAGAGGGCUCUCUGAUCUUUUCCUUUAACUUCACUACAAUACUUGUGUUUGCCGUAAAUGCUCAUUUGCGCAGGCGCUCUGUGUACUUUGUCCUCAGUUUGGCUUUCUCUGACAUGAUGUCUGGAGCAGUGGUCGCGAUUCAUGGACUAACAUUAACAAAAUUCAAGUUUAAUCAUAACAAGGAGUUAUUGGUUAAUUGCACUAACACUACGGAUGUCCUAUUUUUCGCUGGCUCUUUACUUGGACUGCAACUGAUCGCUCUAGAGCGCAUGUGCGCCAUAGUCUAUCCAAUACGUCAUCGGAACCUCACCAAUCGCGCGUAUUCAUUGGCUAUUGCUAUCCAGUGGGGAGCCGCGAUAGUUCUGACUGGUAUUUACGUCAUACGCUCCCCGAAGCUGUACUUCAUCGUCGCCAGUAUUGUUCUGGUAGUUGGCCUUGUGACUGUUGCCACAUGUUACUCCAUCAUCCUCAUCACCUUCAAGCAACAGAACCGAGCGCAUCGCCAAGUGACGGACACGGCACAGCUCAAGUCUCAGCGACGAGAGAGACGGCUGGCGUUAACGUUGUUCAUCGUAACAGCCCUUUCUCUGUUAACUCUCACCCCGACCUCCGUGCUACUCGCGCUUUACUCAGUGAACGAGGUCACGCCCUUAAGUACGUGGAUUGCGACUGGGAUGCGGUUUCUCAACUCGAUUGGGAACCCUUUGGUGUAUGUUCUGCGGUUGAAUGAGUUUAGACAUGCGCUGUUUAUGUUAUUGUUUAAGUGCGCACGUGAUCGACCUAUAGGCGUAAUACGACAAUGA